CUAUACAAAAGCAACAAUGAAAAAUUACAAAAGUUUAGAGGCUCACAACCUUUUCAUUUCUGGCUGGGUACAAACAGUAUUCCAUCUUGAGAUAAAGGGCACCUCAAACCUUUUAAUGAAGGCAAAUGUUAAACCUUCAUUCCGUGUAAAUGAGGAUCCACAUCAAUCCUGGGUAGCAAUAUCGAAAGAAGGCGACAUAAUAUCGGCCCAUUGUGAUUGUAAAGCAGGGUUGGGAGAAUCCUGUUCACAUGUUGCAGCUAUGCUGUUUAAAGUAGAAGCUGCAGUAAGAAAUGGAUACACAAAACAGGCAUGCACUGAACAACCUUGUGCUUGGAACAAAUGCUUCACAAAGUCAGUAGAACCUGCCACUAUGUCCGCGAUAAAGUUCUACAAGGAAUCAGCAAAACAAAGGCUUCUUAAAUCAAAAAGAGUUAGAAAACCUCCCCCACCACCCACUUCUAAAGAAAAGCAAAUAUCCUUCCUUCAAUCAUUAACAGAGACUGAAACAAAGCCUGUGGGUUUAAGUUUAUUCAAGGAAACUGCUUAUGUUUUAAAAACAUCAAGUGUGUCAAAUAUAAAGCGUCUUCCACAACCACUGACUACAUUAUAUAACGAUGUGAACAAAAAAAUGACUCCCCUGGAACUACAACAAAAGUGUGAUAAUGUCACAGAUAGUUUGAUUGUAAGUAGUGAUGAAUGUGAAUAUCUUAAGCAAAGUACAGUGAAUCAGUCUAAUUCUGAAACUCUGAAACUCGGCAUGAGCAACGUGUUGGAAGAAUCACAGCUUCUGUUGCUCAUGAUGUUUUACACACAUCAAUAGAUAAGCCUGCUAAGUCAUUAAUUUAGAAAAUUUGCUAUCAAAAUAAACAAGUCAAUGUUCCUUCACUGGCAUGGGGUCGUGAAAAUGAAGCUAACAAGGCACUAGGCCUAUACAAAGAAACAAUGGCCACACAACAUGAGAACUUAAAAAAGAAAAAUCAGGGGACAAAACCGUACAUUUGGGCAUCACCAGAUGGAAUUUUAACAUGGUCAUGUUGUGGUACUGAUGUCAUUGAAAUAAAGUGCCCCUAUUCUUUAAAGGGAAAUACGGCCGAAGAAAUGUUAGAAAGCAAAAAUUUCUGUCUUGAUAAAAGAUACCAACUAAAGGAAUGUAGCAAAUACUACACUCAAGUGCAGUUACAAAUGUAUGUGUUUGAUUGUGAAUUUUGUCAUUUCAUCAUCUGGACUACAGAAGCCUGCAUUAUUACAUAUGUGGCUAAAAAUUCCCAUUUUGUACAUGAGAUGUUGCCAAAACUUAAACAAUUUUGGAAACUUAAUUGUUUACCUGAACUUCUAACUCAUAAAAUGACAUGUGAAGAAGAAACAAAACAGGUGAAACCAAUUUACUGUUAUUGUGAACAACCCGGGGUUCUG